AUGCGCUGGAAAAGUGAAGUCAAAGCAGAGUGUUGCGCCGUUAGCGAGGACGAAAACGGAUCUCUGUUGUCCAACGAUGAGCUUCUCGUCAUGUGUGAAGAUUGCAAAGGAGACGAAGGGCUGCCGGGCAGAUGCACUGAGGACAGGAGAGACAUGAUGGGCGCGCCGGCGGAAGUUUUGGAUGAAGACGCGCCGUCGCUGCAGACUAUGGCAUCUGCGCCUCUGCUAGGCAGAGCGGUGUGCGCGAGCUGCAACGAGGACAUUGUGGAUAAAUAUUUAUUAAAGGUUAACGACUUGUGCUGGCAUGUGCGCUGUCUCUCCUGCAGCGUGUGUCAGACUUCGCUUGGCAGCCACACGAGCUGUUACAUCAAAGAAAAAGAGGUUUUCUGUAAACUGGAUUACUUUCGAAGAUACGGCACUUGGUGCGCGUGCUGCGGCCGGAACAUCCACUCCACAGACUGGGUCCGCCGGGCGAAAGGCAACGUGUACCACCUGGCCUGCUUCGCCUGCUUCUCCUGCAAGAGGCAGCUGUCCACCGGGGAGGAGUUCGCUUUGGUAGAGGAGAAGGUGCUCUGCAGGGUCCACUACGACUGCAUGCUGGACAACCUCAAGCGGGCCGUGGAGAAAGGAAACAGCGUUAACAUGGAGGGGGCUCUGCCCACUGAACAGGAGAUUAACCAGCCAAAACCCUCCAAGAGAGCGCGGACCAGCUUCACUGCCGACCAGCUGCAGGUAAUGCAGGCCCAGUUUGCUCAGGACAACAAUCCGGAUGCCCAAACACUGCAGAAACUGGCGGAGCAGACGGGCCUCAGUCGAAGAGUCAUACAGGUCUGGUUCCAGAACUGCAGAGCACGCCACAAGAAACACGUGAGCCCCAACCACACCUCCAGCACCCCCAUGACCUCGCUGCAGACCAGCCGCCUGUCCCAGCCCACCCCGACCCCUGAGGAGCUGCAGUACACAGCUUAUGGAGGCCCGGAGGGAUCAAUGCUGUCAGCACUACACUCCUUCAUAGACAUACACUCCCCUCCAUCCAUGUUUCAACCGCUGCUGCCCACCCACGCUAUGACCUCCUUGCCUGUGUCUCACGCCUGAGCUACACACACACACACACACACACACACCCUCAGACUUUGAGAACCAUAAAACCUUUCCUUUUCUUGAACUGCCAGUAAACCAUUACAUGUUGAUAUUCUUUGAAAACACACAAUUCACUGUUGAGCAUCUCACGUAUGAUUGA